AUGACGACAAUUACAACAGUUGAUAAUUCAACAAGUACAAGUAUUUCUACAAAUCCAUCAACAAGAUCUAGUGUCGAUAAUACUCAUCCCUCAGAGGCAUCAUCAAAACCAGGCUGGUGGUUAUUGGUUGCCCUUCUUAUAACAGUAGCCAUCGUUAUUAUUGCUGGUGUUAUUUUCUAUAAUCGACAGCAUUCUCCAUAUAGACGAUUUAUUUCCUGUUUACAAUGGUGUAGACAGUGCAAGUUCAGGUUUCUUCGAAAUUGGCGAUCACGUGAAGAUGAUACAGAUAAUAUUAUUUUACAACUUGAACAAUCAGAACUAUCACCUGGACAAUGGCCACCUCGAAUCUCUUUUACUUAA